AUGCCUCCUCUUAUUCGACGAAGGCCGCUUCUCGAGCGUAUUAAAGCCUAUCUGAAUCCUCUUGAUUUUCUAUUAUGGCUAUCGGAGGAGCUUGAUUCUAGUGAUUGGGACCAAUGGGAGAAAGAGUGGGCGUUGCCUGUUGGGAUUGCAUUGAACUUUCUCUUCCUUGUCGCGCGUGCGAAUAGCCAGAAGGGAAGUCGGGCUCAUGACGAUAUUUUCGGAGACGACAGAGGCGGAAGCUAUAUUUCAUGGCUGGCAUCGUUCGUUGUCCAUGCGCUAGCACUUCUUUCAAUCUCGAAUGCACUAUAUGCCUUUUGUCGAAAACGCCCCUACCGGCUGUUUGAAGUUCCUAUCGAUAACGUACCUUCAACACCAUCUGCCAAACGAGUCCAGGUGAAUUCUUCGCCGGCAGCAUCCACUCCUCUGCGCUUUAUAUCCAACGUCUUGUCCGUCAGCUCGGCAGAGAACAGGGCUCACCCUGAUGCGCACCGUGAUGUAUGGCAGGUCUCAGUCUGGGAUCCACAUCCUCUUGCCAUUCGAUUGUUUUGCUUGUUUAGUCCUGGCCACAUUCUAGUCUAUUGGUUAUUUCUACCUACUCUAUCCACGGACCCCAGGCCUAGCGUAACAAUAGUGACGACUAUAUUUCUAGCCGUGUUGCUGACCGCACAGAUGUCUGCACUUUCAGCUUCGUACUCUCAGCAAGCUAAAGACUCAGCAUUGGUUCAUAAGGAGGUUCUGAAUGAGUACGAUAUAAAAUUUGUUCACCCAAGGACAGAGCCAGACAUGCGCGACGUCGCAACCCAAUUCUCGGAGGCACAUUCAUAUAUUCAGCAUAAAGAUGAAAAGUACAACGUGGUAGAGACACAUACACCAACUGCCUCACAGCACGCCUUUAAGAUUCGUCCAAAUCCCAACUAUGUUCAUCACGUCAAUCCUGAUUACCGUAUCAAAAAACGAUCACAAGUAACUCCUCGGGCAUCACUAUCAACACCUCGAAUUACAUCAACUGGUUCCAUACAGCGAGUGUCUGAUACCCAAACACCCCCUCACGCUACAGAUGUGUUCUCACCAAUCACCAAGCAAAGCGGAGCGAUGCGCCAACCGCAAUUUCGGCCUACUUCAGGGACUGGUGACGGAGGAAGCCUUGGAGUAUAUUCCCAUGCUCAAUCCCCCCUACGAAAGGCAACGACGCCACAUUUUGACAGAAGGCAAAGUUCUACCUACCGAGGCUCCGAUGACACACGUAGCCCAAGACAAAUACCAAGCAGCCCGAUCAAGCGUUCAAGUGUUGCUGGAGAUAUGAAUUCUAUGCUAUCAUCCCACAGGCGAGCUCGGUUAGCGAACGAUCUCACCCCUAGAAGAGAAAGUGGACGGUUUUGA